AUGGCCGACACCGCCGAGCUUUCUGCCGCUCAGAAGCUGAUGCAGAAGCACGCCGAAGCUCCUCACCACGUCACUGUUGAGGAUGCCCCGGAUGAGGACCUUCCCAUUCACGCCCCCGCCGAGGCCUCAAGCUCCGCCGAAGUCGUAAUUCCCAAGCCGACCAAGCCUGCCGCCGCUACUCUGGAUACUCAAUCGCAUGAACUGUUCCCUGAGCUCGGUGCUCCUAAGGGCAAGGCCGCCAAUGUCGCUCCUAUCUGGGGCGCCAAGAAUGCCAAUGGCAAGACCAAUGGAGGUGCCUCCAACGGCGGUUCUCGUUCCUCAACUCCCGUCUCUGGAGCUGCUACCCCUAAUAAGCCUUCCAUGUUCAUCCCCGGCCGCAAUGUUGAGACUGUGACUCUUGACCCCCAGUACAUCCUGCCCCGUGGCCAGCUCAGGAGGCCCAUCACCGACAUUAUCAAGGACAUCAACCGCAAGUCUCGUGCCACCAUCUCCAUGGCUACCUCGGCCAAUGGUCGUUACAAGUUUGAUGCCGCCGGUCCUCAGGACGUUGCUCAACAGGCGCUCAAGGACCUGGUUGCUCAGAUCGGAACUCGGACUGCCAUCAAGGUCCCGAUUCCCCAGUCCACCCGAGCCCAUAUCAUCGGAAAGGGAGGUUCCAUGAUCAAGGCCCUUCAGGAGAAGACUGGUGCCAAGAUCCAGCUUCCCAAGGUCGAUGAGAACAACCCAAUCGACGAGGAGGAUGACGAUGCCACCAUUGAUGUCACCAUUGAGGGUAAUGCCCUUUCUGCUGCUUCUGCCCGUGACGAGAUCUUGAAGAUUGCUGGCGAGCGAUCUGCCAAUGUCCAGACUAAGGUUCGGGGCAUCCCCGCCGCCUUCUACCCCUUCAUUGCCGGCCCCGACAAUGCUCUGGCCCAUGCUCUCGAGGAGAACAACGGUAUCCAGAUCCGUGUCCCUCCUCUGCAGGCCUACACUCCUGGCCAGGUUCCUGUUACCGCCGUCCCUGGUCAGCGACCUGUCUUUGCCCCUGCUGGCCAAGAAGAGAACCACAUCCAGCUUGCCGGUGACCGUGCUGCCGUUCAGAAGGUCCGCGCCGAGAUUGAGCGCCAGGUUGCUGAGCUCCACAGACAGCUUGCUGCCGAGCAGCUGUCGAUCCAGCGUGGCCGCCACCAGUUCAUUAUUGGUGAUCGUGGUGUCCCUGUCGAUCAGUUCUUUAACGACACUGGAUGUGCUAUUCUGCUGCCCACUGAUGAGGACGAUGACACUAUUACUGUCGUCGGUCCUGCUGAUCAGGUUGCUGCUGGUCUGGAAAAGGCCAUGGACCUGGCCAUGGGUAUGCAAAUGUCCAACCUCGACAUUGCCCGAUUCCACCGCAAUGCCCCUGGCGGCGCUGCUAUUCACGCCGGCAACGUCACCCGCUACCUUCGACAGCGCAAGGAGAUUGAGCGCCUCGAAAAGCUCUACCACACCCACAUCAACACCCCCUUCUCUGAGGGUGGUGCCCUUCCCUGGGAGCUCUACUCUCGCGAGGCCUCCUUCUCGGUCAAGCAGGACUAUGGUGUCCAGAUGGUCGUUCCUGAGGCUGCCGAGGGCGAAGUCCCUGUUCUCCUCGUGUACGAGGGUCCUGACCCCGCCGAAGGCCCCUACCAGCUGCCUCGCUCCAAGCCCACUGAUGCUGAAGCUCGUGCUUUCCAACAAGGACUUCAGGACGCCCAGAAGCACAUCCUUGAACUUAUCAAGAAGCAGGAGGCCAUCACCACUGCCACUCUUGAUGUUCCCGCCAAGUUCCACGAGAGACUUCGACGCUUCAUCAAGAAGGAGCAGGAGAGCCGCUCUGCAGACCAGAUCCCCAUCCGGGUCACCAAGGUUGGCACAACCAUCACUCUCCGAGGUCCCGCUUCGGCCGUUGAGUCCCUUGCUGCCAAGGCCAACUCCUUUGUUGAGCAGGAGAAGGAGGACGAGAAGGAGCGUGGCUUCACUCUGACCUUUGACUUCCCCCAGAAGUUUGCCAACCACCUCAUUGGAAAGGGUGGUAGCAACAUCAGGGAGCUCCGAGACCGCUUCGACGUUGAGAUUCAGGUUCAGGACGGCAAGGUUGAGCUCAAGGGUCCCAAGGCCAAGGCCGAGACUGCUCGCUCGCACAUUCAGAGUCUUGCUCGCACCCUGGCUGACGAGACGACUCACACUCUCAAGAUUGACCCCAAGUACCACCGUGAGCUUAUUGGUGCUCAGGGUAGCCAGAUCAACCGUCUGCAGACUCGGUACAAGGUCCACAUCUUCUUCCCUCGAUCUGCCAAGCCCGCUGCCGACGACCAGUCCAACGCCGAUGCUGCCAGCGAUGCCGGAAAGCCUCGUCGCCAGCAGCCUGCUGAUGAGGUCAUCAUCCGAGGUCCCAAGAAGGGUGCGGAUGAGGCUCGGGACGAGAUCUUUUCGCUGCACAAGUACCUCGAGGAGCACUCUGCCACUGCUACCGUCGCUGUUCAACAGAAGCAAGUUGGAUCUCUCAUUGGCCAAGGUGGUGCUGCCCUCGACGAUCUCCGUCAGGCUACUGGAGCUAAGAUCGACGUGCCUGCUGACCGAGACACCGAUAUCGUGGAGAUCCAGAUCAAGGGUACUGCUGCUCAGGUUGCCAAGGCCAAGAAGAUCCUCGAGGAGAAGCGAGCCGUCUUUGACGACACUGUCGUCCAGACUAUUGAGGUUGACAAGAAGCACCACAAGGCUCUUAUUGGUGCUAGCGGUUCUAACCUCCGCGAUAUUGUCGUCAAGGCGGGUGGCUCUGAUGACCGACGAGAGCUUGCCCGUACCAUCCAGUUCCCCAAGCAGGAGGCUGAUGGCAACACGAUCAAGAUUGAGGGCCGCACUGAUGUUGUGCAAAAGAUUAUUCAGCGCAUCCAGGAGAUUGUUGGCGAGCGUGAGAGCCAGGUUACCGAGGUGGUGGAUGUUCCUAUCGAGAACCACCGCUCGCUGAUCGGCCGAGGUGGUGAUGCCAAGCGUCAGCUCGAGUCCAAGUUCACCGUCUCCAUCGAUGUCCCCCGCCAGGGAGACGGCAAGACUGGAGUCAAGGUCACUGGCCGACCCGAGAACGUUGCCAAGGCCAAGGAGCAUAUCCUGUCUCUGGUCAAGGCGCAGCAGGGUGAGACCAUCCAGGUUCCUCGCAACCUUCACCACUCCAUCUCCAACGGUGGCCAGUUCUUCCGUCAGCUCCGUAACAACCACCAGGUUACGGUUGACCACGCUGGCCAGCCACUUCCUCCCAAGCCUGAUACAUCUACCCGCUCCAACGUGGGCGCCCUUCCUCUGAUCACUGAUGAGGAUGAUACCGCGACCGACGCCCACUCGUGGAAGGUUGUCCAGGUCGACGCUGGGGAUGACAGCGACUUCCCCUGGGUCCUCCGCGGCACGGCAGAGAACGUGGAGAAGGCCAAGGAGGCCAUCGCCAAGGCUGUCGAGCAGGCUAAGAAGCACGAUGCCACAGGAUACCUUGUUCUCCCUGACCCCCGAACCUACCGCCAUGUGAUUGGCCCCAACGGCUCCAAGGUCAACUCGAUCCGCAAGCAGAGCAACUGCAAGAUCCAGGUGCCUCGGGACCAAGCCAAGGAUGAGGCCAUUGAGAUUAUCGGAACCAAGGACGGUGUUGAGCUGGCCAAGGACCUCAUCCUCGCCGCCGUGCGGGAGGGCAGCAACAAGACGCGGGAGUAAUAUUGGUAGCAUCCAAUUGGACGGAGCAUUGCAGGGAAUAUGCGACCGUAAAGGUUGAAAUUCGACAGUAACUGUUGUAAUAAAUAUAAGAGUAAUGAAUAAUUCUCGAAUGCAUGCG